AAAAUUAAAAUAUAAAAUGAUUUGAUAAACUAAAUUGUGAUAAAAUUUUGCAUUUUUCCAAUAAGUAUCAUUUUACAUCAUUCUAUGUUUCUCAUUUUAUCAACUUUAAUUCAGAAAAUGUAACUGAUAUCGGACUCAAACUUCUCGUUAAACUGAUAAACAAAUGUCUCCUAGAGGUAUUCAUUAUAGAGGAGGACCAACAAGAGGUGGACCUGGAUGGGGGCCGGGGGGACGCGGUGGUCCGAUGCGAGGAGGACCUCAUGGGGGUAGAGGUGGACCUCCUGGAGGUCGAGGUGGACCACAUGGAGGGCGAGGGGGACUACCAGGAGGUCGAGGGGUGCAACCAGGAGGUCGAGGGGGACCACCAGGAGGUCGAGGGAGACCACCAGGAGGCCGAGGUGAACCACCUGGUGGUCGAGGUGGACCGUCUGCAGGUCGAGGUGGACCACCUGGAGGCUUUGGUGGACCACCUGGAGGUCGAGGUGGACCACCUGGAGGUCGUGGUGGACCAAAUGGUGGUCGUGGUGGAUCUUUUAGAAGUGGACCUUCUUUAGGCAUCGGGGGACCAUCUGAAAAUAUAGGUGGUCCGCCUGGUGGUAGAGGGGGACCCUCUGGAUUUCAAGGUCGAGGAGGUCCAACCAGGGGUGGUCAUGGUGGACCAACCCGUGGUGGACCAUCUUCAAACAGAGGUGGUCCAAGUAAUUUUGAUGGAUCCCAGGGACGCGGAGGGUUCGACGGGAUGGGUCGAGGUGUGCGAGGAGGACGAGGAGGUUUAUCUCAGAGAGGUUUAGAAAACGAAGGUCGGGCCCAGGCUGCAGGGCGAGGAUUACGAAGAUCUGGAGGACAGAAUAGAGGACGAGAUGAUCCUCCUGCUAGAGAUAGAUCACGGCAUCAUGAUGAUCAUCCGAUGUCUAGAAACCAGAACGGGUUGAGAAGAGAAGAAGAUGGAAGAAGAGAACAUGAGAGAAGAAGAGAAGGAUCGGGAGGGAGGGAUGGAUCGGGAAGAAGAAGGGAAAAUGAUUAUGGUCGGGAGUCAAGAAGGGAUGAUUAUCGGGAUAACGAAAGAUCCAGGUAUGAUGAGAGAAGUAGAGAGGAUGACAGAGCCCUACCUAGAGAUCAUGUCACCUCAUCCUCUCUUUAUCCAUCAGUCCUGGGUCUAAAGGCUCCCACUCCCUCCCUCCAACCCUAUACUGCCGCUCCACCACCUUUCCUGUCUGUAGGAGCAGCUCCUCAAGUUCUACCUUACCCGGGAUAUCCAGGACUUCUCGGAGCUGCAUAUGUUCCUGCUCAACCUUUACCUGGAGCCACAUACAUCUCUACCCGACCAGUAGUACCUGGAGCAGUUUAUGAUCCUUCCUCAACCUAUCCUGGUCCAACCUUUACCCAACCCGGAGCUCCGGUUUAUGCCUCUACUUUAACCCUAUCUGGGAUACCGAUGUUUGCUCCUGGAGCAGCGAUGCCAACCCUGCCGAUCCUUCCAACCCAUCCUUUAGCAUCCGGAUACAACACUGUUCCUAGCCUUUACAAUCCUGUUCCUAGUGGAAACAAUUCUGUUUCUAGCGGAGCUGUACCAUCAGUUCCUAGUUCAAGUCAAUACACUACACCUAAUACAUCUGGAGUAAUGACGAGCACUGGUAGAGCAAUGUCUCCAACAGGACUUGAAGCUCUGGAAUUUAUAAAAUCUUGUUCUAAACCCGCUCAGGAAGAUUUAUUCUCACAGUGUAGUUUCUGUCCCGAGGUUCAUUCCUCAGUUGGUCUUCAAGAUCAUCUUUACGAUAAACAUUCAAGGAAGUUAUUUAUCUGUUUAAAACAAAGGAAGGGUAGAACCUGUAAAAUAUCCUUCCUGCACGUGUACGAGCUGACCAACCACAUGGUGGAGUGCCACAGCCUCGACACCUUCAACGUGGACAAGCUGGUGGACCGAGGGGAGCUCCGGGUCCCGGACAACCUCACCCUCUUCAUCUGCAGGAGCUGUCCCAAGAAGGUUGGACAGUUCAUGGAAAAGAUCGAGCUUAUUUAUAAACAUAUUGAAAACCAUCACCCGGAGAACAAAACCAACCCGAAUACUCUGAUCAGGUUUGAGUGUAGAGCCUGCCAUAACUAUGAACUGAAUGAUAAAGAACAUCAGGAGGCUCAUAUAGCUAGACGGCAUGAGAAGUAUAUGGGACUAGACCCAGAAUUCUUUACUCAGGGGGGUUCCGGGGGGUCAUCCAGAGAUCAUUCAUCCCAAGGGAGACCAGAGUCAUCCAGGGACCGUUCAUCCCCGGGAAGAUAUGAAUCAUCCAGAGGUCAGUCAUCCAAAGGAAGUGAAUCAUUUAAGAGUUAUUCAUCACAACCAUUAUCAGAGUCAUCCCAGUCGAGAUCAGCUUUUCAGGAGGAUGAGAGAAGACUACUAGAUAUAGAACGUGAGAGACAAGGACUUAAACGUGAUGAACAUCAAUCCUACGGGCGAUCUCCGUCCCCGAAACGAGGUCGAUUCUCCUCCAAUUCGUCCUUGACGGAGAUCCCGGGAACUAGAAUACAGAGUUCGGACUCCGACUCUGAUAUAAAGAUAACCAGAGGCGUGUUCAAAUCUCCGGAUGAGAAGUCUCAUGGGAGCUCCGGACCUAGAGAUCGAACGGAACGAAAGAAAACCGGUUCCGAUGAUGAGAUCGUGAUCCUACCCAGAGCUGGACCUGGAACCCACCCGGAUGCACUAGGAGACCAGGGAACCAGUGAUAGGGUUCGGUGCCGGAUGUGUCCGCCCGGUCUCGUGCUUAAAACCGACCUGGAGCACGAUCGAAUACACGCACACCUCAUGUUCCGGUGUGCAGCCUGCUCGCAUACUACAGAGGAUUAUUACAGGAUGAAGAACCAUAUUAUUCAACUUCACAGGGUUAAAGAUGAAAACAUCAUAAGGGAGAGUAUCCUGGUCCCUGCUGAAGCUGAGAGUUUAAUCUCCCUGGUGUGUGGUAUACCUGGAUGUGAUGAGAGCUAUGUUGGUCAACCUAGAUCUGUCUUGGACAAACAUAUUCUUCAAACACACGAAAACUAUCUUCAGGUUGGAAGUGGAAAGAAUCUCCAAGAGAAAUGUAGAAUCUGUCUUCUAAUGUUUCAAUCUCAUAGAUCUGCUGUUGAUCAUGUGACCAGCGUUCAUAGAGACUCCAGGUCUUAUUCUGAUACAGAACCUAGAUCCAGGGAUACAGAACCUAAAUCCAGGGAUACAGAACAUAGAUCCAGGGAUACAGAACCCAGAUUCAGGGAUACAGAACCCAGAUUCAGGGAUACAGAACCUAGAUCCAGGGAUACAGAACCCAGAUCCAGGGAUACAGAACCUAGAUCCAGGGAUACAGAACCCAGAUCUAGGGAUACAGAACCCAGAUCCAUGGAUAUAAAGCCCAGAUCCAGGGAUAUAGAACACAGAUCCAGGGAUACAGAACCUAGAUCCAGGGAUACAGAACCUAGAUCCAGGGAUACAGAACCUAGAUCCAGGGAUACACAACCUAGAUCCAGGGAUACAGAACCCAGAUCCAUGGAUACAGUGUCUAGAUCCAGGGAUACAGAACCUAGAUCCAGGGAUACAGAACCUAGAUCCAGGGAUACAGAACCCAGAUCCAGGGAUACAGAACCCAGAUCCAGGGAUACAGAACCUAGAUCUAGGGAACCAGAGACUAGAUCUAAGUUUGUUCCAUCUCAACUAAAACCUAAGAUCAAAAUAACUCUGAAAAUGUGAAUCUUCAUGGUUCCUAGUCAACUAACUUGUGCAUUUAUUAAAUUUAGUUUAUUUCCAACUUUAAAGGAAGUUUUGUUUUAGCAAAAUGUUUUGAAAAACUCUAGAUUGUUGUCAACAUUGAACAGUUAUGAAAAAAACUAUUCUGUUUGCCAUUACUACAGUGAUAACCAUAAAACUCUGGAAAAUAACGAUGACUUACAGACUCAAGUUAUGACUUUAAAUUGUUCAAUAACAUGAAACACUGCAGCAAUCCCGUUUCACUAAAUAAGUGAUUUAAUAAGGGUCUAGUGAAACUUUUUGCUUUAAACAACAUCAAAUUUACUUGAAUAUUCUUCAUAUUCCACAGUUUUCUGGUUCUCACUGUAAAUAUCUGUAAAGAUGUCAAUUGUUUAGUUAUUAAAUAUUUUUUAAAUGAUAAAACCGCCAACUGAAAUUUUCUUUUUCGUAUAUGAUAGUCGUACACAUUAAAUGGUUACAUCUGUGAUUGUAAAAUUGAGUAUCAAGUAGAUCUGAAUUCGUCAUUUUUAAUGCGAUAUAAUUUGUUUACAUUCUGUAGUGUUAUUGUUAUUGUUUUACUCAAUA